AUGGCUGUCACAAUCCUACUACACUCGCUUCUGUUGGCAGCCGCUGUGGUUAGGGGGGCUGAGACGCCAACCGCAGCUGCCGUUCCGGGCGGCUACAUCUUUGAGCUUCACGAUGGGCAGGACGCCUCGGACUUUUACGCUGAAACGAACGUCCACGCUACCACCCGUCUAAACUUGACCUAUUCUCUUUUCAAGGGGGUUUCGCUCCAGUUCCACGAUGCCGACACGGCCGAGGGUAAAGUGACGAGUCUCGCACAACUUGCCUCUGUCAAAGCUGCGUAUCCUAUCACAGCUAUAAGGGGGCCUGAUCGGCAAAAACGACCAUGGACGGCAUGGACGGCCCAGCCAUCCCGUGAAUCGGUUUUUGUCAAAAGACAAGAGCAGGGCGAGGACAACUUCUCUACCCAUGUCAUGACACAGGUCGACAAGCUUAGGGCCAAGGGAAUCACUGGCAAGGGGGUCAAGAUCGGCGUCAUCGAUUCCGGUAUUGACUACCUGCAUCCCGCCCUGGGUGGUUGUUUUGGAGAUGGCUGCCUUGUAGGGUAUGGUACCGAUCUGGUUGGCGAUGACUUUGACGGGACAUUCAAAACAUUUCCUAAGCCCAAGUCCGACCCCAUGGACUGCCAGGGACAUGGGACCGGCGUUGCCGGCAUUAUUGCAUCCCAGAACAACUCCCUUGGGUUCACUGGCGCGGCGCCGGACGUUACUCUAGGAGCUUACAAGGUCUUUGGAUGCGGCGACGGAGGCGUGACUACCGACGUCGUCAUAGCUGCAUUCAACCAGGCAUACGAGGAUGGCAGCAACAUCAUCACGGCGUCGAUCUCAGGCCCAGCCGGUUGGAUCAAUGAGCCCUGGUCAGCUUCCGUGUCCAGGAUCGUGGCUGCUGGCGUUCCUUGCACUCUCGGCGCUGGCAACUCCGGUCUGAUGGGCAUGUUCUUCGGUGGUGGUGCUGCAGGCGGCAAGGGAGUGACUUCGGUCGCCUCGGUCGAUAAUACUUUCAUUCCCACCCCAUACUUCCAGGACACCUACACCAUCGACGGAGGCAGCCCGGUGGACUUUCAUUACGUGGCCAGUGUUGAUCGAACCGCUUGGGACAAUGUCAGCCUUCCCCUGUGGAGCCCGAGCGUGAGCAAGUUUGGACCAGAGAACGGCUGCGACCCUUAUUCCGCUGGCACUCCGGACCUGACCGGCAAGAUUGUUCUGGUCCGCCGUGGAGAAUGUAACUAUUCCCAGAAAGCGGAGAAUGCUGCGUCCGCGGGUGCGAAGUAUCUGAUGGUCUACAACCAAGUUGCUGGACCCAUCAACAUCCCUUCCAUCGUACUCGAUGGGGGAGGCCCGGCGAUUGUUGGCGCCAGUCUUGCUACUGCGGAAGCAGGAGAUAAGUGGAUUGCAGCUCUGCAGGCAGGUUCUGAAGUUGUUGUCAGCAUGACAAAUCCCUCCAAAGCCACCCGCUUCCUGGACUUGACACCCAACACUGCAACGGGAGGAUACCCAUCGAAUCUCACCUCCUGGGGUCCAAACUUUGACGGCUACUCGAAGCCUCAAUUCGGCGCUCCGGGUGGCAGCAUUGUGACCCUUCAACCUAGGUCACAAGGCUUGUUCGAGGUCAACUCAGGAACUAGUCUUUCGACGCCUCUGGUCGCCGCUAUUUUCGCUCUAGUCGGUCAGGUUCGCGGAACGUUUGAACCUGCUGUCUUGGAGAGUUUUCUCUCCGCAACUGCAAAGCCUUCAAGGUUCAACAUUGGGUUCGGAGCGCGGCCAUACCUUGCUCCAGUACCCCAGCAGGGUGCCGGUCUUGUCCAAGCCUUUGAUGCGGCAUAUGCUACUUCUCUCAUCAGCGUUUCCAGUCUCUCCUUCAACGACACCGAUAACAUUGCGAAGCAGAGCUUUACAAUCAGCAACCUCCACACAGAAGCCGUGACCUAUGAACUUAGCAACAUUGGUGCCGCCACCGCCUACACUUUCGCAGCCGGGCCAGACGCAUCGCCCUUUCCAAUGUCCUUCCCUAACGAUAUGGUUGCUGAAUACGCGGAACUGGACCUCAGCGAAUCCAAAGUAACUAUUGCAGCGGGUGGCAAUGCAACAAUCGAAGUCACGGCUACGCCCCCCGCCCUCGAUGUAGCUCGCCUCCCCGUCUGGUCUGGCUAUAUCGCGCUCAAUGGGUCUGACGGGUCAAGCUUCACAUUGCCCUACCAGGGUAUCUCGGGAAGCCUCCACAACGUCACCGUCCUGGUCGACUCUAGCGACUCGGUAUGGCUGACAACAUCCGAAGCCGCCGACGCCGGAACCUUCGACCCUCUUCCGGGCAACCACACUUUCAACCUCCCGCCUCAGGGGACCGCCAAUGGGACCAACACCAGCAUAGCCGCGAUCGCCGUCAACAUGGCCUUUGGCUCUCCACUUGCCCGCUUCUGGGUUGUGCCCGUGACGCCGUCUAUUGUCCAGAAUGCGACCGCGGUUUCCGGCGAUAUCAUGACGAUCGGCCAGAUUGCCCGCUCUCCGAGACCGUGGAUAUCCCGCGAUGUUUCCGCUCCUGUCUGGGACGGCCAGCUUAACGAUGGCACUUUCGCUCCCGAGGGCGAAUACAAGGUUGUCGUCGAAGCACUCCACGUCUAUGGUGACCAGAGCAAGAUAGAAGAGUUUGACCGCGCGGAGAGCCCCGCGUUUAACAUCGUUUACAACAAGGCAUCCUGA